UAUGCAAAGCUAUAAACUUCAUGUAGUUUCUGAAAACCUGAAGGAUAGACAUCCCUAUGUUGAACCGGAUUUCAAGGAUAGAUAUGAUCCCUCUGAAGUAAUACUCAUACUAAAGAAUAGGUUUAUCAUGCAGUUUUUGACCGUUCCAUUCCUAAAUUAAUUGAAAUAUUGUUAAUGGAAAAUAUUGAAGCUUUUAAAUAUAGAGAUGCCUUGAUUACAUUGAAUGAGAUGGUUGAUCAUUAAGAAAUGAAAGAUUAAAUGAUAUCAUAAGGUAAUUCUUCUCUUUAGAAUUAGGUCUUGUGGGAAUUGCAAGUGCCUAUCUACAUCAUAAAGAUAUUUAAAUAAGAAAACAAGCAGUUAUUUUAUUGGGAUGUUUAGUAAGUAUAAUGAGAGGAAGAGAAUAAUUAUGUGAUUUGAGUUUUGAUGGAUUAUCUAAAUUAUUAUUUGAUGAUGCUAGAGAAUAAUGUGGAUGGGCAUUAUGUAGAAUAAUAACUGGUAGAGAUGGAGUAGAUAUCUUAUGUAAAUCCAAUCUCACUAAAAAGAUGAUCUAAUCCUUUAUGUAAUCUAAAGAAUAUCCUAAAUUUACUGUAUAUUUAUUAGAAGCAUUUGCAAAAAUAGUAGAAUUUGACAAUGGUAUUUACUUUUUUUUAAAUUGUGGAACAAUUAAGAGAUUCAUUGAAAUUCUAUCCUAAGAGAAUUACUAUGAUUAAAAUUAUUCUUAAAGAAUAACUUAUUUAUCUUUAGAAGUAUUAUCUAAAAUAUGUGCCAAUCAUGAAGGCAAAGAAGAAUCUAUUAGAGAAAAUGCUAUUAAUGUUGCUAAUCGAUAUUUAGAUAGUCCUUUAUAAGAAGAAGCUUAUUUUGCUACUAUUUUGAUUAUGAAUUGUACUAUAAAUCUUGAAGGUAAGAAAUAAUGUGUACAUGUUGAAAAUGAUGAAAUCAUUUAAGUAUAUAUAUAUUUAAAUAAAAAAUUAGAAAUUAAUCUCAUUAUUAAAUAAAGAUUUCUGUAAGGAUGUUAAAUAAGCAUUAAUUAAUAUUGCAGAUUAUCCUGAAGGAUUUAUUAUCAUAACAAAGUUAUUAUCAAAUAGCUAUGAAACUUUAGAUGAUUUACUUGGUCCUAGAGUAGUAAUUGCCUUGGCUAAAUUAAUACCUAGAGGAUUAGAAAAUUAUGAUUAAUAUAAAUAAUAUGGCAGAACACUAUGCAAAUUCUUGAGAGACUACAAUGAAGCCAUCUUUAUAGCCUUAGAAGUAUGAGUUAAUUAGAGUUUAAAAUAGGAAACAGUUAAAAUAGUAGAAAUUUUGAUGGAAUUCUUUUAUUAUCCUGAUUUAGUGAGAGAUGUUACAGAUUCCCUAUUGAAAUUGAUUGAAGUAGAUACAGAAUCAAGAGAGUAUGCACUCAAUUAUUUGGAAACUCACAAUGUAAACAGCAAAGAGAUUUAAAGUAUAUCUAAAAAAAUACUUGAAUUAUUUCCACAUUGAA